AUGUCAGACGCCCGCGCCCUCCUCCGCCAGCAGCGCGCCGCCCGCCGCAUAGAGCACCCGCACGCCUCCUACACCGACUCGGGCCGCCUGCUAUGCACCCUCUGCCGCGAGGCCAUCAAGGCCGAGUCCCUCUGGGACGGCCACCUGCGUAGCCCCGCUCACCGCCAGCGAGCCCGUGCCGUGUCCGCCGCCCGCGCUGCUGACUCCGGAGGACCCCAGCAGCAGCAACAGCAGACAUCACACAAGAGGAAACAGGACGACCGGGAUGCCGAAGAUGACAGUAACGAGGACGGCGGCCGCGACCAAGGGAACGGCGUCUCUGCUUCCGCCGCCGGCCCUUCGGACAUGGACAUUGACGACGGCAGCGCCGUGCCCAAGAAGAGGAGUCGGCCAGACCGCGACCCGAGCCCCGACGAAGCGACGACGGCAACGGGCCCCGGCAGCGUAAGGAGCAGGAAAGAAGGGCUCAGCGACAUCGACGCCAGCACCCCCAAGACCACCUCGUCCACGGCCACGACCCAGACGCCGCCCCUGACGCGCCGCGUCUCGGGCACGCCGGCCCACGGCGUCGAGGUCCAGAUCCCCUCACGGCCUGCGACGCCCAACACCGCCCGCGACGGCGGCAGCCAGCAGUCGGCCGUGUCGACGCCGCGCAUCAUGCCCGUCGGCCGCUCGCCCCUGAUACCGCAGGAACCCGUUGCCGGCGCCUCCGCCGCCUCCAAACCCGCCGCUUCGACCACCACCGCCGCGGCCGCGCAAUCCCAAGCUGAGCUCGACGAGGCAGAAUGGGCCGCCUUCGAAGCCGAGGUCGUCAACGCUCCAGCUACCACGACGACGACGACAACUACCACCAACGGCAGCCACGAUGCCGCCGUCGUCAUAUCCGCGGCGCCCAUGUCGGCCGCCGAGGUCGCCGCCAAGGCAGAAGAAGAAGACCGCGCCCGCCAGCAGGCCCGCGCCGACGCCGCGCAGAUCGCCGACGAGCGCGAGGAGGCGGCGCGUGCUCUCGAGGACGAGUUCGACGAGAUGGAGGAGCUCGAGGCCCGCGUCCGCCGCCUCAAGGAGCGCAGGGAAGCCCUGCGGCGCGGCUCGACGGCGUCUGUGCCGCCGCCGGCAGCAGCAGCAAUAGGGCCCACAGUGGGAGAUACCGCUGAUGCGAAACCUGGGGCCAUGAUGGCUGCCGGCAAGGAGAACCUGGGCGCCGUGCCGGAGAAUAGCCAGGCCAAAGGGUCGUCGACGGGCGCAAAAGCAGCGGAUAACGACGAAGAUGAUGACGAAGAUGAGGACGAGGACGAGGACGAUUGGGCUGGCUUCAGGUUCAGGGCCUAA